AUGCCAAAGGGCCUCAGACCAGUGGUGCCCCGGGGGGGUACAGGGGGCCCCAGGGGGCCCCUAACCACAGAUAAGCUGGGGGGCCCCCCUGAUGGGUCUCCUGAUAUCCUUUAUAAGUACAAAUAUAGCCCUGCAGCAGGCAAUGAAUCUCCACUGCUGCUGCUGCAGGAGCAGCAGGAAGAGCAGCAGGUCGACCUGCAGCAACUGCUGCAGAAGGAAAAGUUGCUGCAGCAGCAACACCAGAUGCUUGUAAAGCAGCAGCAGCAGCAUCUGCAGCAGCAGCGGCAACGGCAGCGUGCAGCAGCUCAGGUGUCUAGGGACCUCAUCUUUUCGUUUCCAAGCGAUUCUUUGCAGCAGCAACAACAGCAGCAACAGCAGCAACAACAGCAGCAACAGCAGCAGCAUGAGCAGCAGCAGCUGCUGCUGCACGAGCAGCAAGAGGAGGAAGAGGAUGAUGAGCCGCUGCUGCAGCUACCUGAUAUAUCCUUGUCUCCUGCUGCUGCAUUUAGAGACACAUUAAGGGACUCUAAGGAUUUAUUGUCUCCUGCUGCUAUAAGAGUGCAGCAAUUUGAGGUGUCUCCUCGUGCUGCAGCAGCAGCAGCAACAGCAGCAGCAGCAGUAGAUGGAGGGUUUGCUGCUGGGGCAGAUGUGUCUCUACCCGGCGGCCUCCCUCUUAGUUCUUGCGGCCUUAAAAAUCUGUCUCCGUCUGCUGCUGCUGCUGCUGCUGCUGCAACGGGGCGACAGCAGCUCUACCCUGUCCCCGACGCAGUAGCAGCAGCAGCAGCUGCUGCUGCAGCACCAACUGCAGCAGCAGAUCAUGUGCUGCAGCGACCAAGACGCAGCUCCAUGGAAUUACGCCCGCCACCCCCUUCUAUGGGGAUCAAGAGGCCAGACACAGCAGCAGCAGCAGCAGUAGCAGCAGCAGCAGCAGCAAAACCGUUGGAUGCAGCAGCAAACCCAGUGUCUUUGCGGUUAACCCCUCCAUACCAAGACAAAAAGCAAAGCAGCUGCUUCCUUGCGCCGCCAGCAGCAGCAAGAACAGCGCGACAAGCCACAUCAGCGACAGCAGCAGCAGCAACAGCAGCAGGAGCAGCAGCAGCAGAAGAUAGCACACUUCCUCCUUCUGCUGCAGCAAGGAGACAGUUAGGGGAGACACAAUGCCUGCGGCAGUCUGUGCUGCUGCGCAUAGAGAGGGGGGCCCAUAGGGGCUUCGGGUGUAUAGGCAGCCAUGAGAGAGCAGCAUAUGCUGCAGUAGAAGCAGCAGAACUAGCAAGAAUUGCUGCAGCAGCAGCAGUAACAGGAAGAUCAUUUGCAUCAGCAGCAGCACACCUACACCUCCCACACACAGCUGCAGCAGCAGCAGCAGCAGCAGCAGCAGGAACAGCAGCAGGUGGGGCCCUGUCUGUCUGUGAUCGCGAACCCCUUAGGCGCUCUAUAGGGAUAUUUAAAUGGGCCCCACAACCAGCUGCAGCAGCAACAACAACAACAGCAGCAGCAGCAGCAGCAGCAGAGGCUGCUGCUGCAGCAGUUGGAGAGCCUGAAGGCUCUCCAUCCAGUCGCUACGAGGGUCUAUACACAGCGCCAGCAGCAGCAGCAACAACAGCAGCAGCAGCAGAAGCAGCCCGCUUCACCACUCCAGGGGCCCCUGCUCCUCCUCCGCUGCUGCGGGAGGGGCCCCUGGUUAAACGAAUGGAGCCCAGCAGCAGCAACAGGAGCAGCAGCAGCAGGCUCCCCUCCAUGGAUGAUGACACAGCAGCAGCAGCAGCAACGUCUCCGCAGGGCAGCAGAUGGCGUUUCUGCGCUGGUCCAUUAGCAGCAGGAAUGCGGCCUUCUACAGAAAGCCAGCAGCAGCAGCAGGAGCUGCAGCUGGAGCAGCAGCAGCAGCAGCAGCAGCAAAGGUGGGGAGGUAGGGGACCCUUAGUUGACCGCGAUCAAGGGUUUAUCAACCUUAAGGGGCCCCUCGAGAGUGGUAUACCUCCACUAGAUGCAGGGGGCCCCUCUCCUUCUUCUUCCUCUGCUGCUGCUGUUGCUGCUGGUGGCCCGUUGAAGCAUGCAGCCCCAAACAGUCCAGCAGCUGCUGCUGCACGUACUGCAGCAGCAGCAACGGGAUUCCCAGACUUACAGCUGCUGCAGCAGCAGCAGCAGGAGAUGAAUGGUGGUGCUGCUAUUGGACGCCUUAAGGACCUGAAAGGCGCUCCGUUGCUGCAGCAGCAGCAGCAGCAGAAACAGCAGCAGCACAAUAUGCAGCAGCAGCUAAUGCUGCAGGGUCCUACAAGACUAGCAGCAGAUAAUGAAUUUAGGCCUGUCUCCCCGGAGUGUAUGUGGAGCCUCCAUGUGCCAUCUGCUUGCCGCUGCAGCUGUCUAGACAGCAGCAGCAACAGCAGCAACAGCAGCAGCAGCAAAGUUCGUAUGGCACGGGGACCCGAUGGCUCGCUGCUGCUAGAGCUGCGGCGCUGCAGCAGAUGCGGCGGCUUCCCCUUGGCUUCUUUUGACUAUGGAGCAGCAGCUACACGACACAUGUAA